AUGGCAUAUCAGGCCCAGUCGGGGCGGAAUUAUGGCGGAGGGCCACCAGGAGCAGGAGGGAAUCAGUUCGGACCUGCCUCGUCCGCUGCUCGGGAUGCCGCCUUCAAUAACAUCUUCGGCGCCGCACCUCCCGGCCAGGGACGAAGCCAGACGAUGACGAGCGCGACCCCUCAGAUCCCCAAUGAUCGAGCGGCGACGAUGAGUGGAGCGAGUGCCCAAGGCUUCACGAAUAGAGGGCCAGCGAUGAGGCCGGGGACACAGCCGAACGGAGCAUAUCCCGUUCCGCCUCCACCUCACAGUAUGCAGCAACAGGGGUAUGGGGUCCAGAGUAGUCCGCAGAGACGACCGCCACCGCCACAAGCCCUACCACAGCCCAUACGGCCCGAUCGAACACCCUAUGGUCAGCCACAACGGGUGGACCCACGAGGAUAUCCCAUGCAAGGCCAGCAAACACGCUCCUUCACCCAGCGACCAUAUGCACCACCAGGCCCAGCAUUGAACACCGACGGCUAUCGUACGCAGUCACUAUCGCAAACACGACCACCCGUGUAUCAGCCACCCGGCGGCAACUACGCACAAUCGCCCGCCAAUGCCUUCCGAGCACAACCAUACCUCAACCAGCCCAAUCGAACAACAGCACAAGGUCGUGUGGUGCCAGAGCGGCAAGAUGAGCGGAGUAUGACGAUGGGUUCGCGGAUAGGAGAAGAUCACAUGCAAACGAUGAGUGGACGAGUCAUACCCAAUCGGCAACGGAUGGGAUCGGAGGAUACUACGGAUUCUAAUCCACACUCUGAGACGCCGACUAUGACCAAUGGAUACCACCCGGACCGUUUGACGAAUGGAUCUGGAGCACCCCAGAUGAACGGCAGGAUGCCCAGUAACGCCUCAACCAUCUCUAGGACGACGAGCAUGGCGUCGACUAUAGUUCCGCCAGGUCUAGAUGCCACAAGCCCACGCCCCUCAGUCACAGGCACGAUUCGAAGCGAUUCUGGACGAACAGGGACCAUGGUGGCUCAGAAGAAACCUUCGCUCGUCUACGGCGCACUUCUCUCGAACGUGGCGAAUGCCUUUCGGGAACGGGUGCCGUUGAUAGAAAAGGAGAAGGAUGGCUUGGUGUACAAGAAUGCCUUUUCUGGUUACGAGGCUGUGGAGCUCAUUGCGUAUAUCAUCCGCACGAGCGACAGGAACUUGGCAUUACUUCUCGGCCGAUCACUGGAUGCGCAGAAGUUCUUUCAUGAGGUGGCAUAUGCGCAUAGGCUUCGUGAUAGUCCUAACGAGAUCUAUCAAUUCAAGGAGACGCUCAAUGAGGAUCCGCCGGAAGUCAACGGCGUCUUUACGCUUUUGACGGAAUGCUAUUCGCCGACUUGCAAUCGAGAUAAUCUAUGCUACUCUAUCGCUUGUCCGCGACGACUGGAACAGCAGCAACGACUCAACAUGAAGGUGACGCCUGGUCUGCGCCGUGAGACGAGCCGAUCCAGUUUGCACGACGAGAUGGAGAAUGAGCAGAAACUGUGGAUCAAUACCGUAUCCAAGGAAGUCAGUGACGGUGUUUCGGAACGGGAGAGGAAGAGGCAAGAGACGAUCUCGGAACUAAUGUACACCGAGCGCGACUUCGUCAAGGACCUGGAAUACCUCCGCGACUUCUGGAUCAAGCCCUUGCGAACACCGGAACUGUCACCCAUCCCGGAGCAUCGACGCGAGAAGUUCAUCCGGACCGUCUUCAGUAAUUGCCAAGAAGUGCAUUCAGUCAAUGCCCGCAUGGCACAAGCCUUGACUCGACGACAACAGCAAAACCCUGUCGUUAGAAACGUGGGCGAUAUCUUCCUCGAGUACGUCGGCCUCUUCGCCCCCUUCAUCAAAUACGGCGCCAAUCAACUCUUCGGCAAGUUCGAGUUCGAGCGGGAGAAGUCGAGUAACCCCGCCUUCGCGCGGUUUGUGGAGGAGACGGAGCGGUUGAAGGAGAGCAGGAAGCUGGAGUUGAAUGGGUACUUGACGAAGCCUACGACGCGGUUGGCGAGGUAUCCGUUGCUGCUUGGCGGGAUUCUGAAGGUGACGGCGGAGGAUAAUCCGGAUCAGCAUGAUCUUGUUCGCGCGAUUGCGUUGAUUAAGGAGACGUUGACGAGGGUGAAUGAGGAGAGUGGGAAGGCGGAGAAUCAUUUCAAUUUGAUGGCGUUGAAUUCGCAGCUGAAGUGGGGACAGAUUCCGCAUAUGGAUUUGAAAUUGACGGAGGAGACACGGCAGUUGAUUUUCAAGAGUGCGCUCAAGAAGGCUCCGACUUCCGAGGCGGCGGAUGUGACGGCUUACCUUUUCGACCAUGCCGUGUUGCUUGUCAGGGUCAAGAUGGUGAAUAAGCGGGAGGAGAUGAAGGUGUAUCGGAAACCUAUCCCAUUGGAACUGUUGCAGAUCAAGGAGAUGGAUGCGGUGUUGCCGCGGAUGGGGGUGGUCAAGAGGCCGAGUAGUAGUAUGAUUCCCGGUGUGGUUACCAGGGCCACAGGGACCAUGACGAGCAGUGUGACGGGUAAGGGUGGGAGUGAUAGUCAGGGGUGGCCGAUCACGUUCAAGGGGUUGGGCAAGGGUGGGUAUGAACUUACGCUUUUCACGCAGAAUCAGAUUAUGCGGGAGAAGUGGAUGGAGUGUAUCCAGGCGCAGAAGGAGAAGUUGAGUGAACGGCAUCGGAUCUUUGCUCUUACGAAACUCUGCGAGGGGUUCUUCACGAGUACGGUCCGCAUUAACUGCUGUCGACCCAUGGACGGCGGGAGGAAACUAGUCAUCGGGACGGACUUUGGCGUCUUUGUCUGUGAACGGCGGCCAAAGGACGGCCCAGGUGCCAGUUCCACAGGCCCCAACAAACCACGUAAGAUGCUCGAAGCGAAAUUCGUCACACAGCUGGAAGUGCUAGAACAGCAUCAAAUCCUCAUCGUCCUCAGCGACAAAGCCGUCUACACCUACCCGCUCGAGGCCCUCGACCCAGAAGAAGGCCCUAACGCCCCGAGCAAAAAAGGCCGCCGGAUCUGCCACGCCAAUUACAUCAAUGCCGGGAUGUGUAACGGACAGACCCUCGUCUGCUGCGUGAAAUCCCACUCCCUGAGCAGUACGGUCAAAGUCUUCGAACCAAUGGAUAUGCGCGCCGGACGGCAAAAGAAAUCCGGUCUGGCGAAGAUGCUGGCUUCAGGUCAAGAGGUCCUGCGCCCGUACAAGGAAUUCUACAUCCCGAUGGAAAGCAACAGCGUCCACUUCCUGCGCUCCAAACUCUGCGUCGGCGGCGCCAAGGGUUUCGAAAUCGUCUCCCUCGAAACACUAGAAACGCAAUCCCUCCUCGACCAAGCCGACACUUCGCUCGACUUCGUCAGUAGGCGGGAAACCACCGUGAAACCCAUCUACAUCGAACGCAACACCUCGGAGUUUUUACUCUGUUAUAAUGAUUUUAGUUUCUAUGUCAAUAAGAAUGGGUGGCGGGCGAGGGGCGAUUGGAAGAUUUUGUGGGAGGGGAGGCCCGAAGCGUUUGCUACGUGGGGGGAGAAGUUCAUUAUGGCUUUUGAGCCGGAGUUUAUUGAGGUUCGGUCGAGUGAGAGUGGGGGGUUGGUUUGUAUUCAGACGCAGAGGCAGACGAGGUUUUUGCAUCAGAGUACGCGGGAGAUACUUUUUGCGUACGAGGAUGAGAAUGGAGAGGAUGUCAUUGCUUCGUUAGAUUUUUGGGGGAAGAGCUAG